CUCAGGUGCGCGCGAAAAUCCAAUCCCCUCCCAUCGAUUCCCCUUCCUCUCGAGUCAUCUCGCGCGGACCGAACGGCGGCUCCUCCCCCGGCAGCCCAGCCUAGGGUUCUCCUCCUCCGAUCAGCCGUCAGCGAGCACUCUCCGACAAGAUCUCUCCUCUGUCCUCUCCGUGCUCCUCGGAUGGCGACCAGCGAGGAGCUCGCGCAGAUCGACAUCUCCAAGGAGGAGAAGGACAAGCUGGUGGCGGAGGUGAUGCGCUACGUGCUCUUCAAGACGCACCAGACCUCCGGCUGCCCCAUCAAGCGGGAGGAGCUCACCGGGAUCGUCACCAAGAACUACCGCCAGCGCGCCCUGCCCGCGCUCGUCAUCAACGAGGCCAGGGACAGGCUCGCCGCCACCUUCGGGUACGAGAUGAGGGAGCUCCAGAGGACCCGCGCCCCGUCCACGCGCUCUGGCCGGGCGUCACAGCCGCAGCCGAAUGCGGAGGCGAAGAGCUAUGUUCUGGUCAGCCAGCUAGACCCCGAGGUGUAUAGCAAGUACGUUGAGAACAAGGAGUCUGCUCCUCUGUCUGGUUUUUCUUUUGCUGUCAUUAGCCUUAUUCACCUUGCUGGUGGCAAAAGCUCCGAAGAGGACCUUUGGCAUCAAUUGAAGCGGCUGGGUUUGAAGGAGAACGAUGAGAACCACCCUGUUCUUGGUAACAAUAAGCAGGCGCUUGAACUCCUUGUGCAGCAAAGGUACUUGCUGAAGGAGAAACUUGCUGGACCAGAAGGUCAUGUGGUGAUGUAUGAGCUUGCCGAGAGGGCAUUGGAUGAAUCCAUCAGUGGGAAGCUCAAAGACUACAUUUCACAGAUUGUGGGCACAAGCACUGUCGCGGAGGAAAAUUCAAGUUGAUACGAUGACAUGAUAAUCAGGUAUCUGUCCCGUUUGUUGUGGGCGAGUACAAGCUGACUCCAUUCAUGCUCGGAAGCUAUAUCGUCUUGCAUGGCCGUUCGUCUGUCAAAGCAGGGCGUUUUUUGUACAGUAGAGAUGUGUGCAUCUCAGAAUAGGCGGUAGUGUCUUUAACUGAACGUGUUCAUGACAUGCUGUAAUCACCUUAGCAUUGCUUGGAUUACCAUUUGUCAGGCAGUGUACGUCUGUGCCGUAGAACGCAGCUGCAGACCUUAAUUAGACCGUAUUGUCUGUCA